GUUGUCAAUGUCGCUCCCCGGCAGCUUCAUGGAUGCUUAGUUUAACGCGGGGAUUGGGAGUCGAUUGCAUCGCGGGGCUGGAAUCAGAGCCUGUCGGAUUUAUGAGACUCAUUGCCAAAUAGUUAAUCACACUGAAGACGUGACAACAUCCGCACGGAUCGAAGAGACUGAUGCGUAAGAUCACAUCGACGAAACAAAGCGUUUGUAUUGCGGAGCGCACUACUGACAUCAAAAUGUCAGAUGCUGCUAACGGUGUGGGAGCUUACGGACGUCGGUAGACCAUUGUUAUUGUUGAAUGCUUAUGGCUUUACCGUUAACAUGAGACGUGUCAUGAUGCUUACGCGUUAGAUUUGAUAUAUUUAGGAAGAGCGUAUAAGUUACUCGUGGACUAGCAGGUGCGUGGAGACAUCACAUGCGGUGUUCACCUAGUACAUAACGCAAUAGAGAUGCGAUUGUUCACUUUGGAUGUUUCAUACUGUGGGAAACAAUAGCCUGCGUUUAUUUGGGUGUAGUGGCGAUAAGACACCACCCGUGCAAUGUUCAGACUUACUGUUGCAUACAAAAUCAAUGCAGGCACUAAACGUGCAUAUUUAAUCACGUAUCGAUUUGAACUUAAGUUGCUCUCAAGUAUCCUUUGUAUUGUGUUUAUUUAGGAUUUCCACAAGUUGUGGAAGAUUUUCCUCCGGUUCCCAUCAUAAAUGAGCGCGUAAUACAUGCAUGGUUUAAAUAUUUGAGGUGUUUAUAAGUUAUUAUAGCGGUUUUAUUGUCAUGGCUGACAAACUGUGCUUUUAACUUUUGCCAGUAAGAGAGAAACUUAAAAAAGCUAGAUCAUAAUGUUUUAAGGUUUGUUUUUAUAAAAAGCGCAGUGUUAAAAGUUAAAGAUUUGACAGGUCACUUGAGAGAAAGCUUUAAAUCCAGAGGAUGAUCCUCAGCGUAGUGGCUGGACUGCUGUCAGAUCGGCUUCCAUGAGAUUAACAAAGCGACUGCUAUUUUCUUUGCCUUUACUCUUACGAUAAAAUCGUUUUUAUUUUCAUUCUAAUAUAUUUUUAAGCAGCGAAACCACAAAUGGGAUUUUAAUGAUUUUUUUUGGGGACGCAGAGUGACAUGGGCUGUCAUUUGGUAUACUAUUGCACGUGUACGCAAAACCUUUAACUAAUGCUCAUUUAACUCAUUCACGAAACCUGUUGAGCACGAGGAGAAAUGACACUGUGACAUCAAGCCUUUAAAGCGCGCCAAACUGAGGGAGCAGUUGGCGGUUUUACGCAAAUAUGACAUUGAGACACCGGGAGUCUUCUGCUUGAGGCUUUGAUGCUCGCAAUGGAGAAGCUCGCAUUGAUACCGCCGCUGUGAGAAAUAUGACAUCAUAAGCCUUACAUUUAAACGCGCCAAACUGACGAGCAGCCUUAUCUGCUGCUUCUCCGUGAAAUCCGAUGUUUUGAAAUGCGUCCGACGCAUUCCCUCAAUCUGCUGUUGAUGCAAUCACAAAGACUAAAAUAUGACAUUGUGACAUAAGGAGUGUUGUCUUUAAAGCGCGCGAAACCGUGCAGCAGCCGAGAUUCACGUUGCGCCGCCGCCGCUGCUGAUGAUGCUGCGAUUCCCGGUGAAGAAAAUACGGAAGCAGUUCAAACUUCUGCUGCUGCUGGUGCUGCUCACUUUUGCCGUGUGGUUUACGUACCUGCAUAUCAACCAGGGCAAAUCCAUUAAACUCCACUUUAACUAUGGGAAAGAUGGUGAGAGACCGAUGGAAGGAACCGAUACCAGCCAUAAAAGAGGCUCACGAUCCUCGGACAAGUUACGCAAAAGUGAAGACACCAGUAACAGCCAGGAGGAGGAAAAUGCGCAGGAAGAUGAGCCCAAUGCUAGCACCCCACAUGACAAAGAUCAAGCCAAAAUCCUUAAGUUCCUCACGCUGAAGUACAAAAAGUUACCAUGGAAACCAGAGUUUAAAGGUCAAGCAAACCUGCACGUGUUUGAAGACUGGUGUGGAUCCUCAGUCUCUCAGCUCAGGAAGAACCUGCAUUUUCCUCUUUAUCCCCAUACGAGAACAACCGUAAAGAAGUUAGCUGUUGCACCGAAGUGGAAAAAUUAUGGCCUGAGAAUAUUUGGGUACCUUCUCCCUUACAAAGAUGGGGACUUUCAGUUCGCCGUGUCUUCUGAUGAUAACUCAGAGUUCUGGUUGAGCUCAGAUGAAAAUCCUCUUAAUGCCCGUCUGCUGGCCUAUGUGGGAAAGCUGGGAUCUGAGUGGACGGCACCUGGAGAGUUUACGAAGUUCAGAUCCCAGACGUCCAAGUCUGUGCAUCUCAUGGUGUCCAGACGAUAUUACUUUGAGAUUCUUCACAAGCAAGAUGAAAAAGGCUCAGAUCAUGUUGAAGUCGGGUGGCGUCCUUUCCUGCCAGGACUCAAGUACGAGGUCAUCGAUUCAGCCUACAUCUCCUUAUACACAGAUGAAAGCAGUCUGAAGAUGAAUCAUGUGGAUCACAUUCCUCAGACGCUGGCCAGCCACAGCCUCCUCCCAUCAGACAUUCGCACCCACAGCCAACAUGGCGCCGAUAUGCUGCAACCAGACCCUCGCGACACCUUCUUUAACAUUCCCAUGAUUGACCCCGCUCGUCUUGAGAAUGUGCUGCCCUCGUGUCUUUACUCCCCGACAUAUGUGGUCAAAGACUUCCCCAUCGCUCGCUAUCAGGGACUUCAAUUUGUGUACCUAUCUUUCGUCUAUCCAAAUGACUUCACGCGCCUCACCCAUAUGGAGAAAGAGAACAAGUGUUUCUACAGAGAGUCGCCCAUCUAUCUGGAGAAGUUUGGCUUCUAUAAAUACAUGAAGAUGGAUGAGGAAGAGGACGACAGACCUUUCUUCUUCCCAAAUCCGGAUGAUUUUCUUGAAGAAGAAGAAGGGGCGGAGCCAGACGAUGAAGCACAAGUUGUUGGCACCCAGUCCACAAAGAAGAUUUCCCCUCCCAGCCAAUCAAGUCACACCUUAAGUCCCUCCCACAAGUCAGUUCCCACAAUGCCAGACGAAGAAGACAUAGAUCCAGACAGUCUAGCUCUGAGGAGAGAGCAAAGACGCUUUUACACGAAAGAUAGUCAGGUGGGCGACGCUCAACCAAAAGAUUUAGAUGAAGAAGCUCUUGACCAGCAAGCUAAGACAGGGUCGACAAAAAGUGAAAACGCGGUACGAGGUCGGUCCCUCACAUGGAUUCAAAGAGACCAUCAGGACUCCCAAGACCAUUCACCCAAAAUAAGCCGCUCGGCUUUGUUGUUUCCACAAAAAUCGUCUUUGGUAGCCCUCAAUAGCCGUGCUAAGCAAAUCCUUGGCAAUCCCGCCCACAUUAUUCGUUCCCAAGGUACGAACAGCCACACCAACAAGGAGCGUAAGAAGGAGGACAAUAAGAUCUAUAUUACCAGACCUCGUCCGGCUAAGGAGAAGCAAAGUCCCAUUUCACGCCAGCCCAAAGAGGUCUUCCCCGGAGUCUUCUUGUACCAAAAUGGCAAAACUACAAAGCUGGUAAACCUCAGUGCCAAACCAAAACUUAGCAAAGGAGCUCUGCGUGCAUCCCAGAUAUUUGCUCGGGAAAACAAGGUUCCUCCAGUAGGCACCAACGUCAGCAGGCCAGCAGAAAACUCUGUGCCGAGUCGAUUCGAUAAAAAGAUUCGAGGUGUCUUGGAGAAACAACAUCAUCCUUCAAGGGUCAUUACAACCCCUCAAGCACCUCCUACCCCAACCCCACCACCUGCUAAUUCCUCCUCGAACGUUCUUCCGACCGAGCCUCUUCGCGUCACUUCCUACUUGCACACGUCCGAGAUCACGGAGUCCCAGCAGCAGCAUCCAGAGACGGAUCAGGAACGGGAGGAGGAGGGAGGCCUGUCGGAGUACAGCUACGAGGAUGUAGAGCCACGCCCGGGGUGGGCGGAGGAGGCCAUUAAUUGGCAAAGGACGUUUUCCGUCAACAGCAUGGACUUUGAGACCCUACGCUCGGAUUGGAAUGAUCUACGGUGCAACGUGUCGGGAAACCUGCAGUUACCCGAAAAUGAAGUAGUGGACGUUUUAGCGCAAUACAUGGAGAAACUUAACGAACGCAAUGGAGGGAUCUACACUCUCCUCCGGAUCAUAAACGUAGAGAAGCGACGCGACUCCGCUCGCGGUAACCGUUACCUCAUUGAGCUGGAGCUGAUGGAGAGAGGUCGUAAAGUGGUCCGUCUGUCCGAGUACAUCUACAUGCUGAUGCACCGCGGGCGGGUGAAAGACAGUCUGGAGAACGUGGAAGGGGCGACUGCAUCAUCCCCUUCCUCCCCGGUCGCCAGCUCACCUACACCCUCUCAUACGCCCACCCAAGGGGCUCACGGCACUCCACAGUGGGGUACAGUGUAUGCCAAACCCCUGCUUUGCCAGCCAGUGAUGCUACAGUGGAAAAAAGAUGUCAUGGUACAUUUUGUAGUGCCAGUUAAGAACCAAGCCAGAUGGGUUCAGCAGUUCAUUUCAGACAUGGAGCUCCUACACCGUGAGACCAAGGACAAGAAUUUCAACAUCAUCAUCGUGGAUUUCCAGAGUGAAGACAUGGAUGUGGAACAGGCACUUAGAGAAAGCUCAGUUCCACGAUACGAGUAUCUAAAAAGAGAGGGAAACUUUGAACGUUCUGCUGGGUUACAGAUCGGUGUGGACACCAUAGAGGACCGUCACAGUAUAGUGUUUCUGUGUGACCUGCACAUUCAUUUUCCUCUGAACAUACUGGAGAGCGUCAGGAAACACUGUGUCGAGGGGAAACUGGCCUUUGCUCCUAUAGUCAUGAGACUGGGCUGUGGAAGUUCACCAUAUGAGCCUGAUGGUUACUGGGAGGUGAACGGAUUCGGGCUGUUUGGUAUUUAUAAGUCAGAUUUUGAUAAGAUUGGUGGAAUGAAUACAGAGGAGUUUAAAGACCGCUGGGGCGGAGAAGACUGGGAACUGCUGGACAGAGUACUACAGAACGGUUUGGAGGUGGAGCGAUUAAGACUGAGAAACUUCUUUCACUAUUAUCAUUCAAAGAGAGGAAUGUGGAACUCACAGUCCAGCAAAACUCCUAAAGGAUAAAACUUCAUGCACUUCAUACAAACUCGGCUCAUUGCCAACAACAGGCACCUUUAAGGGCCACACCGUCGUGUCUUGGGGGCUCCUCAAUGUGAGCUCCACAUCUUAAAAGAAGACAUCCGGUUGAUUUAAUGUCAGAAAGCUGCUGUCCAAACUAAAAGACGGAUCACGGCGGAUUAAGAGACUUUGGAUUUGUACUGUAUGUAUUUCACUGUUGGGUCCGUGAAGAUAUUUUACUGGAAUGGUGCUGGGUGAAAUUUACUCGACGUUAGCGACUCAGGCACUUUGGAUGGCGUAUAUAUGGUUUGCACUUGAGGUGAAAUAUUACUGUAAAUGUCACUUAUGGUUCAGGCCGCUGAAUUGAACUGAUAUACGGUGACUCCUGCUGUGAAAGAAAUUGAUUUGGGAGGAAGUGGGCGUGGCCUCUCAAAAGUCCUGCUGAUUCACAGCUGUACACGACUAGACCCAGAGCGGCCUGCAGAGUAACAAAAUUAAAGCUGUACGUCUUCGUAUUUGUCUGUGUCUGCUGUCGAGAGCUGCUGCUUUUCUUCAUCACGGAUGGAUUUGAAUAAAGGUUUUAAUGCAAAAGACAUCUGAUGCUAAGCCAGAUGACGGCGAGACUCGGAUGGCUGUUUUAAGUCUGGACUUAUUUGCGGUAUCCUUUUUUAUAGACUUGAACUGUAGGAAAAGAUGUUGUCCCAAAGCUGUGUGCCUUUCUUUGAUGUUUUUAACAGGACAGUCCUCUUUACAGGGUUAGGAAGUAGGUCUAUAGUAGUCUGAAAGUCCCUUUUUAAAACAAUAACAAAUCAUUAGAAACUGGCUAUUAUUAUUAUUAUUAUUAUUAUUUGGUCCUUUUAGUUUCAUUUAAUGCACUUUUCCUGAUAUUAUUAUUUUUUUUUUUAAAUAAGUAGACUUGACACGUUUAUACACUGACAUGGGCAGCUCAGGUGUUUUUUUCUGCUGUAUCACGCAAACAAGCUAAUAACAUCUUUUAAUGUGUUUACAAACUGAUGUAUUACAAUUUUGUGGUGUUUUUGAUGUCAUAUCAGAAAUGCAGACAGUUGUCGGCCCAACUUUUGUGAUUUACAAACUGAUUUGAAAGGAUCUUUUCCCUUUCCCUUUUUUGGUCAGACUGCCUAUUUAAAAUAAACCAAGAACAGGAUAUUAAUACAGGGAUCUGCAUUACAAGGUAAUUUCUGUGAAAUUGUUGUGUAGAAAUUUUUCAGAAUGUUUUCGUUAUCUAUAUAUAAUUUUUUUUCUUUUAACUUUUUCUGAAAAGAAUAAAGUUUAAACCUGAAGCAUC